GAUCUGACGGCUAACAGUUUUUGCAUCGUACGGUCACGCGCUGACCGGCCCAAAUUUGUGCCGGUGCGCCGGCGCCCAGUACCCGCCUUGUAUCAUCCGGCUGAACCUAAACCUUUUUUCCCUACACCGCACGGAAGCGCCUCCUUUCACCCAACCCCUCGAGGCCUCGACUCCUCUUCACGGUUGGGGUUUAACUCCACUAAUUCGUGAUCCGUCCUUUCCCCUCCGAUUCCAUUCCCACUCCUCGGUCGCAAAUUCAUUCUUUUCCGCCCUCAUCGAUCGAUCGAUUCUGCCUGUGGAGGAUUUGGGCGCGGCUGCCUGUGGCCGCGGUGAGGCGGCGGCGGGGGUCGAUCGAAGCCGAGACGAGUCGCAAUGCCGACGGCGACGGCGACGCCCAAGGCGAUGAUCCACCAGAGGUACGGCGCCAAGGCAGUCUACAGGGUGGAUGAGGUGCGGGAGGCCGUUGACGGCGUCUGCCCCGGCCUCGCGCUGCCGCAGAGCACCAGGUGCGUCUACCGCUGCCAGCUCGACAUCCCCGGGGUGCUCAGCGUCUCCACCCCGGGGACCUUCGCCAGGAAGAAGGACGCCGAGCAGGCCGCCGCGCAGAUCGCCAUCGAAAAGCUUGGUAUUCAGCCCACAUCAAAUAUCCCUAAUACACCUGAAGAAGCUUGGAAGGAACUUAUUCGUCGGAUAUCUCGCUUUUUUACAGAGGAGAACUUCCCCACAUCAUAUCAUCCUCUUGUUGGGCACUUGAGUGUGACACUCAGAAGAACUGGGGACCUCCUUGGAAAGCUACCUAUUUCAGCUAUUGUUGCUUGUGAUGUUAAGGUCCAUAUAUUGUGUAAAAUUAUUGACCCUAAGGCAGAAUUUGAUCCUCUCUUGGUUCUUUCAAUGAUCUAUAAUGCUGCCAAACAAUCUCUUGGUGUAUCUGUUAGUAGCAGAAACUUGUGGAUUCAGAGUCAAAGGCCUUAUUCCCCUGAGGCUGUUGAUUUGGCACUUCAGCGCUGGUCUGGUAUUUCAGAUCCCAUAAGAGUAGAAGCAGUUCUUAUUCCUUGUGUGAUGGAGGAUGAACCUAAGAUGGUAAGCCUUAAUAUAUCAGAGAAUGAACAUUACAUGGGUGAUAUAGCAUCGAAGCUCUCUGCAACUGAUUCAUCUCAUGUCCUUGUCUCAAGAACAGUUGACAAAGCAUCUCCUGAGAUGAGGUUUUAUUUCCCAGCUCCGGAUGUACAAUUUGUUUCUGAUUUAUCAAAACAAUUGGUGGAUGAUCGUGGAGAUCGCAAUAUGAACUGCGUAAUAAAUAAGCGAGCUUCCUACAUUUCUGGCCAAACAAUUUAUGGAGAUGCAGUUUUGGCAAAUGUUGGAUACACAAGGAGAGAUACAGAACUUCAAACUGAUCAUGUCAAUCUAUGUACCUAUUACAGGAUUCUUCUGCGAAAAUUACCUGAUGGAAUUUACAAGAUCUCCAAGGACUCAAUUCUUGUGGCAGAGCUUCCGUGUGUUUAUACUCGUACCAGUUGGAAAGGCCCCUCUCCACGAGAUCUCCUUUGUUCUUUCUGUCGCCUCCAGAGGCUAUCAGAACCCCAUUUCGCUGCCAAUGGGGUAAGUGCAUCCUGUAAUGUCCUAGUGGGCUCUGAAGAGAUGGGGUCACCGAAAGCAACCUCAGGAAAUCAGUGCGCAAAUGAUGGAAGGAUUGCCAAGGAAAACCCAGACAUGUUCAAGUGCUCUGUCAAAAUAUAUUCAAAGAAGAGGGAGCUUUUACUAGAGUAUUCUACAGAUUAUAGCUGGAGCAAGGAAACUGAUGCUAUUCAGAAUUCUGCGUUGAAGGUCUUGAUUUGGUUCAAUCGUUAUUUUAAGCAGCUGAACACGCCUGUGGAGAAGCUCUAUCUUCCUAAGAGCACUGAUGGCUUCACGAUAUAUCCAAAUAUAUUUUUACAAGAAUUUGCAAUGUGCUUAUCUGUCUAUGGCAAGACAAGUGGUGGUGACUCAAGAACAUGCAACGCAGUUGGAUAUUUUUCCAUGGAUACAUCAUAUCAGCAGCUUGAAAGCAGUGCAUUUUUGACAGACAUUGAUGGUCAAGAUUCUGGUGUUUUUCCGUCCCAUGGAUCGUUGGCUUGCAUAAGCUACAGUGUUCACCUGUUUAUGAAGGACAGCCGAACGAGAUAUCUCCUAGAAGUCAAUAAUGAGUUUGAGUUUGAGAUAGGGGCUGGAGCUGUAAGGAAUCAGCUUGAAUCAUGUGCAACUCAACUCUCAGUUAAUCAAAGUGCAUGCUUUGUAGAUCAACUGUCUGAUAGGGAUUUGAGCCUGGCUGCAGCUGGUGAGUUGUUACUGGACCUUUCCAAGAUAUCUAGAGACAGCUGCGUCUUGGAGUUCUCCGUAAAGGUGUUGCAAGUAACUGAACCUUUAGAAGAUAGAAUGGAGAAGGCCUUGUUCAAUCCUCCUUUAUCUAAACAGAGAGUUGAAUUUGCUGUUCGGCACAUCAAUCAGCUGCAUGCCACAACAUUGGUUGAUUUUGGUUGUGGAUCUGGUAGUCUUCUCGACUCACUGUUAGAGCAUCCAACAACCCUUGAAAAAAUUGUUGGUGUUGAUAUUUCUCGAAAGGGUCUUACAAGAGCGGCAAAGAGCCUUCAUCAGAAGCUUAGCAAGAAACUCUUGUUACAAACUAGUGUUCCAACAGCUGUGCUCUAUCAUGGAUCAGUAACAGAUUUUGAUUCUCGCUUAUAUGGGUUUGAUAUUGGCACCUGUCUUGAGGUGAUUGAGCAUGUGGAGGAGGACCAAGCAAGUUUAUUCGGCAACGUUGCAUUGAGUUCAUUCUGUCCGGCGGUGCUCAUUGUCUCGACACCCAACUACGAAUACAACCCUAUCCUCCAGAGGUCAGCUUUGCCAAACAAGGAAGAGGAGCAGGAAGAAAACGCUGGACCUUGCAAGUUCCGCAACCAUGACCACAAGUUCGAGUGGACGAGGUCCCAGUUCCAGCGCUGGGCUACCGGCCUCGCUGCAAGCCACAACUACACUGUGGAGUUCAAUGGCGUCGGCAGCUCGAGCGACGAACCUGGCUAUGCUUCCCAGAUUGCUGUUUUCAGAAGAAUGGCGAGAGAUCAAGGUGAAUCUUCCCUGAACGAGGAUGAUUCGCAUCAACCUUAUGAAGUUCUCUGGGAAUGGCCGAACGCAUCUAUACCGUCUCACUGAGUUUGGGCGGAGGUAAUAUUACCUGACUCACCGGCCGUCUCCUACCCGAGAUGACGAGGCUGGUUCUUACUAACUUGUCAGUUUGAUACUGCACCCAGAGUGUGUUGCUGGAUAUCUACCGCGUUGAACUAAAUAGUUGCAGUAGCUGCUCCGAACCUACCCCUUGCGAUGGCUCUAAUCCCGGUAGAAAACUGAAUAUUCUGUAGUGGGCAAAAUGACUAGUUGACUAUUUUUUGCAGCGUGCUUUUGCAUGAUGAAGAAAGAGUACGUAGCCCUGGUGCCUCAAGCAAAAGGAGGACGCUUGGCGUCGGUUGAUCGAUCAGAGGCUUCGAUCAGUCUCCCCAGCCAAUUGCAGCUGUGUUAUGCUCAGGAUCGCAGGUCCCGCUAGUCUCUCGCCACACACCAUGCUGCGAAAAGAAAAAUCCUCCACCAACUGUUAUGUCGCCCGUGAUUUGCCAUCGCAGCAGCACCAUCCGCAGUCGCAACAUCGGCUUGCCGCUCUCAGCAAAGCUCCCCACUUUUUUUUUGAAUUGACUUUUCAUUGAUUUAGCAGAAGGGAGGUUGCGAAAGGGUGAUAAUCGGAUGAGUGACCAGAGGGAGUUCGGGGCGCCAAAGCAUGCCCGAAAGGGGUGUCCUCGUUCCACCUGAGCACCUGAAGCAAGAGCAGACGCCCCUGCAUGAUCCAAACGUCAAUGUCAUGAUGAUGGUGAAUGAAGAAACUCUAAUGGUUGCAGAGCCCCCUUGAAGGGACCUGCGUCGUGAACGUCAUGCUCGGUGGCUCGAGCAUGGAAGGAGGACCAAGAGAAGCCCUAAGGAAGUACGUGUGAGAGGUGAACAUCGUAUAGGCUUUGGUGCCAACCCCUCCUACCUAGUGGGUGCUUAUUGCUCCAGCUAAUUUGCCUUGUUGCAGUUGUUGGGCCCCAAGUUCGAGGUAUGUAGGUAGCACCAAGUUUUCCCUCAGUUAGAUACUAAUGUAUCAAUAUGUGGAAGCAUUGAUUCCUAUAUCAAUCAUGAACUCUGCAACACAAAUAAACUUUCACU